UACUGUAUAGUAAUAGCCACAAACUCCAUAUGCAUAUGUGAACUCCACCUGCAUAUGUGUGGGAUCAAAAGCCUACAUGGACAUCCAUGACAAAGGGUCCCUAAGCCUCUCCAGGGUCCGGGAGUGAGCAGGAACACACGCGCGCGCGCGCACACACACACACACACACACACACACACACACACACACACACGAGAACGCAUACAGGGACAUGCGUUCUUCUGCAGCCCUUCCCUCAUCCGCCAUCACUGCCGCCCUUUGCAGCAGGAGGACCUAUGGAAGCUUUAAUGUCAGUGGGGACCCAUGUGGACCCAGGAGCCAGAGAGAACUGAGUCCAAUCUGGGGGCGGGGCGCACCUGGGUUCCGCCUUGGGGCGGGGUCGACGCCGCGUCGCCAGCGCGCUCGACCGCACCUGGUUCAGCGGCGCCUCAGCAGCUUUAUUAGUAACAGCAGCAGCCGCGGCGGCAACCCGAUUCGGGGUGGCGGAGGCUCGGCAGCAGCGCAGCGCAGCGCAGCGCACGCAGCCCAGCCCAUCAGAGCGCGCGGACCCGGGCGGCCGUAACCCCGGCGUCGCCAUGGUGGAAGCGGCGCCCGCAGGGUCCGGGCCACUGCGGAGGACUUUCCUGGUCCCCGAGAUCAAGUCUUUGGACCAGUACGAUUUCUCUCGAGCCAAGGCGGCGGCGAGUCUGGCGUGGGUGCUGCGGGCCGCAUUCGGGGGAGCAGAGCAUGUGCCUCCGGAGCUGUGGGAACCCUUCUACACCGAUCAGUACGCACAGGAGCACGUGAAGCCCCCAGUGACGCGGCUGCUGCUCUCUGCGGAACUAUACUGUCGGGCCUGGCGCCAGGCACUGCCACAGCUCGAGCCAUCCCCCAGUCCCUCUGCUCUGUUGGCCUUGCUGGCGAGGAGGGGCACGGUGCCUUCACUGCCUGAGCACCCAGUGCGCGAGGCUGACCUGAAACACCAGCCAAUUCUCAUGGGAGCCCACCUAGCUGUCAUCGAUGCUCUCAUGGUUGCCUUCUCAUUUGAGUGGACAAAGACACUACCUGGUCCCUUGGCUCUGAGCAGCUUGGAGCACAAACUCCUUUUCUGGGUAGACACAACUGUUCGGCGGCUGCAGGAGAAGACAGAACAAGAAGCAGCCCAGCGUGCAUCUCCUGCAGCCCCUCUGGAUGGGGCCUCUCCUGCCCAGCCCUCGUGCCCCACACGCUGGUACUGGAAGCUGGUUCCUCACGCAAUUGCCUUCUGUUUGAAGGAGUCGGGGAACAAACCCCCUAUGAUUCGAUAUCGCAAGGACCGUGCCAUUGCCCGAAGGGCUCCCUGCUUUCCAAAUGUGACUACCCUUCAGGACCUGGCCAGUGGGGCAGCACUGGCUGCCACCAUCCACUGCUAUUGUCCCCAGCUAUUACGACUUGAGGAGGUGUGCCUCAAGGACCCCAUGUCUGUGGCAGACAGUCUAUACAACCUCCAGCUGGUGCAAGACUUCUGUGCCUCCCAUCUUCCUCGAGGCUGCCCCCUGUCCCUUGAAGACUUGCUGUAUGUCCCACCACCCCUCAAGGUCAACCUGGUGGUGCUGUUGGCUGAGAUGUAUAUGUGCUUUGAGGUUCUGAAGCCUGAUUUUGUGCAGGCCAAAGACUUGCCUGAUGGACAUGUAGCUGUCUCCCCCCGGAAUACAGAGACUGUUCCAUCUCAGAACAACAGUGGCAGCAGUUCUCCUGUCUUCAACUUCCGUCACCCACUUCUGUCACCUGGUGGUCCCCAGUCUCCACUCCGAGGAUCCACAGGCUCCCUGAAGUCCUCUCCAUCAAUGUCUCACAUGGAGGCUCUUGGCAAAGCCUGGAACCGUCAGCUUAGCGAUGUGGAUGUCGUCAUGGGAGAUCCUGUCCUGCUCCGCUCCGUCAGCUCAGACAGUCUGGGUCCUCCACGUCCUGUGUCAACAUCAUCCCGGAAUUCUGCUCAGCCAGCCCCAGAAUCUGGAGACCUACCCACGAUUGAAGAGGCCCUGCAGAUCAUUCACAGUGCUGAGCCCCGACUGCUCCCUGAUGGGGCUGCUGAUGGCAGUUUCUACCUCCAUUCUCCUGAGGGUCUCUCCAAACCACCACUCUCCCCCUACCCUCCCGAAGGAGCCUCAAAGCCGCUGUCUGAUAGGCUCAACAAGGCGCCUAUCUAUAUAUCACACCCUGAGAACCCUUCAAAAUCAUCUCCCUGCUCAACAGGAGAGAUACUGAAACCACCACCCCCAUCCGAGGGUUCCCCCAAAGCUGUGGCUUCAUCCCCAGCAGCCAACAACUCCGAAGUGAAGAUGACCAGUUUUGCUGAACGCAAGAAACAGCUGGUGAAGGCUGAGGCUGAGUCAGGAUUGGGGUCUCCAACAUCCACCCCCGUAGCACCUGAGGCCUUGAGCUCAGAGAUGAGUGAGCUGGGAGCCAGGCUGGAGGAGAAGCGCCGAGCCAUAGAGGCACAGAAACGACGCAUUGAGGCAAUCUUUGCCAAGCAUAGGCAGAGGCUGGGCAAGAGCGCUUUCCUGCAGGUGCAGCCUCGGGAGGCUGCAGGGGAGGCCGAGGAGGAAGCUGAGCUGGGCUCAGUUCCUGGUGGGGAACGGCCAGCAGGUGAGGGCCAGGGUGAGCCGUCCUUACGGCACAAGUCAGUUACCUUCUCUCCAGACCUGGGCCCAGUGCCCCCAGAGGGACUUGGGGAUUACAAUAGAGCAGUCAGUAAGCUGAGUGCCGCUCUGAGCUCUCUGCAGCGGGACAUGCAGAGGCUCACAGACCAGCAACAGCGGCUUCUAGCCCCUCCAGAAGCUCCUGGACCUGCCCCACCACCUGCAGCCUGGGUCAUUCCUGGACCCGCCACUGGGCCUAAAGCAGCAUCCCCCAGCCCUGCCCGUCGUGCCCCAGCUGCCCGACGCAGCCCUGGGCCAGGCCCCAGCCCAACACCCCGUAGUCCAAAACAUGCAAGGCCGGCAGAGCUGAAGCUUGCACCUUUGACAAGGGUACUCACACCACCCCAUGAUGUAGACAGCCUCCCUCACCUACGCAAGUUUUCACCCAGCCAGGUGCCUGUACAGACUCGCUCCUCUAUCCUCCUGUCGGAGGGGACACCUCCCGAGGAGCCCACCACCAAGCCUGCCCUCAUUGAGAUCCCUCUAGCCAGCCUGGGGGAGCCUGCUGCUGAUGAGGAAGGAGAUGGGAGCCCCCCUGGGGCUGAGGAUUCCUUAGAGGAAGAGGCAUCUUCUGAGGGAGAGCCCCGAUCAGGGCUUGGAUUCUUUUAUAAGGACGAAGACAAGCCUGAGGAUGAGAUGGCUCAGAAGCGAGCUAGCCUGCUGGAGCGUCAGCAGAGGCGGGUAGAGGAAGCCCGGCGGCGCAAACAGUGGCAGGAGGCAGAGAAGGAGCAGAAACGGGAGGAGGCCGCCAGGCUGGCUCAGGAGGCUCCAGGCUUGGCCUUUACAACUCCUGUUGUAGCCUCUGCGGCUCCAGUGGCCACCUUGGCUCCUACUACCAGAGCCAUGGCCCCAGCUGAGGAGGAGGUGGGCCCCCGGCGGGGGGACUUCACAAGACUUGAGUAUGAACGCCGGGCACAACUGAAACUGAUGGAUGACCUUGAUAAGGUGCUACGGCCCCGGGCCUCAGGGACCGGGGGACCAGGGCGGGGCGGGCGCAGGGCCACCCGGCCACGCUCUGGUUGCUGUGAUGACUCGGCCUUGGCACGAAGCCCAGCCCGCGGCCUGCUGGGUUCACGGCUCAGCAAGGUCUAUUCCCAGUCCACGCUGUCCCUAUCUACGGUGGCCAACGAGGCUCCCAAUAACCUUGGUGUGAAGAGGCCCACCUCUCGGGCCCCUUCUCCAUCAGGCCUCAUGUCUCCAAGCCGCCUGCCUGGCAGUCGAGAACGUGACUGGGAGAAUGGAAGCAAUGCAUCCUCCCCAGCAUCAGUGCCUGAGUACACAGGUCCCCGGCUAUACAAGGAACCCAGCGCCAAGUCUAACAAGUUUAUCAUCCACAAUGCCUUGUCACACUGCUGCCUGGCAGGCAAGGUGAAUGAGCCCCAGAAGAACAGAAUUCUAGAGGAAAUCGAGAAAAGCAAGGCCAACCACUUCCUGAUUCUCUUUCGGGACUCAAGCUGCCAGUUCCGGGCCCUCUACACUCUGUCUGGGGAGACAGAGGAGCUAUCGAGGCUGGCAGGCUAUGGGCCUCGGACCGUCACUCCUGCCAUGGUCGAAGGCAUCUAUAAGUACAACUCGGAUCGCAAACGGUUCACCCAGAUCCCUGCUAAAACCAUGUCUAUGAGUGUAGACGCCUUCACUAUCCAGGGACACCUUUGGCAAAGCAAGAAGCCCACCACGCCCAAGAAGGGUGGCGGUACCCCCAAAUAGUGCCCACCUUGGGCAGUGCACUCCUGGGUCCUGUCUGGUCAUGCUGUGGGGGGCUGAGCUGGGAGCUUCAGUGACUCAGGGCUCAGCUCAGUCCCCUUGUCUGUCCUCCACUUUCUUGAAUAAAAUAACUGAAAAGAGAAGCUGAGACACGGUGUCUCCUCCCUAAGCCUGA